AUGGAUGGUGGUAAUAGAAGCGACGGAGCCGAAAGUGGAGGAGGAUCUGUAGCAAUGGAAUCGACGGAGAUUCAACCUCCUCAGCCGCAGCCUGUGGCGGUUCUAACUGCAAACGCGCCUCCUCCGUUUCUCAGCAAGACCUAUGACAUGAUAGACGAUCCCGCUACCGAUUCGAUUGUCUCGUGGAGUUCUAACAACAACAGUUUCAUCGUAUGGGAUCCACCCCAGUUCGCUCAACAUCUUCUCCCCAAGAACUUCAAGCACAAUAACUUCUCCAGCUUCGUCAGGCAGCUCAAUACCUACGGUUUCCGGAAGGUUGACCCAGAUAGAUGGGAAUUUGCGAACGAAGGUUUCUUAAGAGGCCAGAAACACUUGCUAAAAUCAAUAACUCGGCGAAAACCUGCUCACACCCAUGUACAUGGACAUGGACUGCAGCAAUCUCAGCCCUCGAAUGGACAAAACCCAUCUGUUAGUUCAUGUGUUGAAGUUGGUAAAUUUGGUCUCGAAGAAGAAGUGGAGAGGCUUAAAAGAGAUAAGAACGUCCUUAUGCAAGAACUUGUCAGGCUAAGACAACAGCAACAAGCCACUGAUAACAACCUUCAAACGAUGGUUCAGCGUCUCCAGGGCAUGGAGAAUCGGCAACAACAACUAAUGUCAUUCCUUGCAAAGGCAGUACAAAGCCCUCAUUUUCUAUCCCAGUUCUUACAUCAGCAGAACCAGCAUAACGAGAGUAGUAGGCGAAUUAGUGAUACCAAUAAGAAGCGGAGGUUCAAGCGAGAUGGCAUUGUCAGUAGUAAGGAGUCUGCUUCUCCUGAUGGGCAGAUAGUGAAAUAUCAACCUCCAAUGCACGAGCAAGCAAAAGCAAUGCUCAAACAGCUUAUGAAGAUGGAACCUUACAAAACCGGAGACGAUGGCUUCCUUCUAGGUAACGGUACUUCUACUACGACACUAGGAACCGAGAUGGAGAUUUCAUCGAACAACAUAGCGGGUAUAACUCUUCAGGAGAUGCCAACAGCUUCUGAUAUGCAAUCAUCAUCACUGAGUGGAGCUACUCCUUCACUUGAUGAUCUAUCUCUACCCGAGUUUACUUCUGUAUUACCAGGGAAUAUCGUGGAGAUGCCUUCAGGGAAUUCCAUGGAACCAAACAUGGAAGAUUUUAGUUCUUUCCUAGAUUCGGAUCUGUUCAUCGAUGGUGAUUUACCCUUUGACAUUGACGACAUUCCGAGGGAUCCCGAUUUAGAACCUUCGGUUGAUGAAUACGCCUCACUCCUUGAAGACAUUCUUAUGUCAAGCCCUGUUCCAGAUGAUAUGAAUGUAACACCACUGGAUCUUAGUAACAAGGACAAUGAGACAGAGCAGAAACAAAAUAGAGGGGACGAUACUAAACAUAUGGAUAAUCUGACUCAACAAAUGGGUCGCCUCUUGCCUGAAACCUUAGAUCUCUCAAGGAAACAUCCCUGAUUUUGGAAAUUUUGAAAGUCUAUUGAGGUAACACCAACCUACUCUGUUCCUUGAGAGCAGCAUAUCAUUUCAUUCACAUCAUUUUUGUUCUUCUUUCUUAUAUCAACUUGUAACUUUCCUUACAACUCGUCAUUUACACUCUACAAAGGUGUGUUAGAUCUGAGUCGAAGUUUAAAUCUAUUGUUGAAUGCAUGGCCUAUUUGUUAGAAGAGUUAAAUGAGGUCAACUGAAUAUCUUUCAUUUGAUUUAUUGUUUGCCAUUGUUAGUCCUUCAUUGCAUCUUUAU